UGUAUACAGGCUCAUAUGCACAAGUAUUAUGAAUGCUUUAAUAUUGUUAUUAAGUUUUCUUACAGUUAUUUUAUUAUACAGGACAGUGUUUUAAAGAAGCAUAUUUGUGAUAUUGUUGAGCAGACAGAUCUUCAGGAUAUAACAAUUAAUGGAGUUAUUCAAAAGAUUUACAGUAUGUACCCUAAAUUUGACUUGAGUUACAGAAAGGAGUUUAUCAAAUCAACAUUGAGAUCUAUAUUGUAUAGAUUAGGUGAACAGAAGAACUCCAGUGAAAAAUCAGAUUCACGAGAAGCAAGUAGUCCUGAUUGUCGUGUGACAACAACAGAUAAUCGUGAUAGUCCUUUGCCAGAAUCAUGUGACGUUGAAGCUAGUUAAUAAAAAUCUUCAUUUCAUGGACGUAUUCCAUGAUUUUCAUGUUUUACGUCAUUUGACCUAUUUCCAUCCAAGACUUGCAUUCAAACAAAUAAAAACAAAAAAUUACAGUGACUUCAUUAUAUAAGUUGUGCAUAAAAUACAGUACAUAGUAGGGUUUAACUUCAGAUUUCCAUUUCUGUGUUACACAAAAAGUGGGUCCCCCCCUUUAAUGUCUAAAUGUGAUUUACUUUCUUUAUGCAAUUAUAAUAAUUUCUUUUUGUGAAUUGUGUGAAGAUAAUCGAAGUAUGUCAUAUGAGAAAUAUGAAACUGGAUAAAAUGAAAGCUUUAUACUAAACAUUUUUAAAGAGAUCUGUACAGUAACAUAUAAACGGUGACUCGGAUUUGCUGCAGGAAGUUAGUGUUCUAUUUUAGUAAAUAUAAGGAGGAGCAAAUACAAAAUGUAUAUUAUUAGAAUUAAACUUAUUCAAGUUCUCCAUCUUCCAACCCCCACACUAAAAAGGUAACUAUUAUUGAAAACAAAAAUAUUUAUUCAUACAUAUUUUAAGAUUUUCUGUAAAUGAUUAUGUGGGCCAUCAAGUUGGUUAGCUUCAGUAUCAUAUAAUGUUCUUUUACUGUUUUUAAACUUGAUGAACGUUAUUUAUUUAAAAUAAAUGAGCUAUGCCUUGUUAUUUCAAAUUAGAGAUCAUGUCUUUUAUGAGUGUUUUUUAUUUUCUUAACUGAGCUCAUAAAAGUACUUCCCCUUUUUAUCUCUUUCUCUCUAUAUAUAUAUAAAUUUAGUUCAGUUUUUUUUUAGUCCCCCCUUUCUAUCUGCCUUAGUUUUUCUCAUAUUUGUAAAUAUACUCAUUGUCUGUUGCAUUGAAAAACUUUAAAAAAAGGCUUAUUUUUUAUAUUGUUAUCACUGCAUAAUAUUAUCUUUCAUUGCUGAUUGCUUUUGAUUUGAAAAUAAAAUUUUCUGUAUUCAAUGUGUAAUUUUUUAAGCAUCAAUAUUCAUCCAAAAUAAUGUGCCUCUAUGCUUUAAUUUUGUUACUGUAAUUAUUGUGUAAAGAGUUCAGUCAUUAUCUGUAAAUAUUAAUGUAUUAAAAUAAAACAUUUACAUUUAUCA